AUGCUUGUAAGCCCAAAUAUAAAAAUGGCAAAAUAUAAACGUUAUUGUUUGAACGAAUUUAGAUCAAAAAAUGUGCUAAUUCAACAAAAAUUAGAUCAUGAACAAAGUCAGUCAUUGAAGUUUUAUAAUAAAAAUAAAUAUCGUCGACAUCAGCCGAUUAUGAAAUCAAACGAUGGUGACUUUAUACCAAUAGCUUCGUCGACACUAUGUGAAGAUGAUAAUAGGCAACAAUCUUAUUCAUUCAUAUCGGUAGAACAUGCAAGUUCAAUUAAUAAUACUUCUUAUCUAAAUGAAUAUUUGUUCAAACAAACACCAUCAACUCCUGCCAUAGUAUCAAUAUCACCCACAGUUAAUUUUAAUUUUAAUGUUCGAUCAUGUAGUACACCAAUUCGUUAUUCAACAACAUUUACUCAACAUGUUAAAUAUUUAAGACAAAAAAUUUUAUAUGGAUAUAAUAAACAUUCAACUUAUUUAAACAAAAAACGACGUAUAUCAUUAUCAUCACAUCAUAAAUUUACACUAUCACCAUUAGAAAAAUCAUAUAGAAAAACAACAGUUCCCCCAUUGUCAUUUGGUCAACAACUUCUAAAUUUUACUUUUAAUGAGAAAACACGACAACAUAAUAAAAAUUUGAAAAUAUGGAUUUUAUAA